ACAUUUAUUGGAUGCCAACCGCCGUUAAACCUCGUCGUCGAAGAAGAAGACAUGCUGUCAUGGCGCCGAACACAAACAGAAAACGACAGUAUGGCGAUAGUUUGUAGCUAACAUUAAAUGCUAGUAAGCCUCGUUUAAACUUAAACUGAUAAAUUACAAUCGAUUUGGGACGCAAGGGACAGGUAGGCAUGUCUGAAAACAAAGCCAUUGAACUCCAACUGCAAAUGCGACAAAAUGCAGAGGACCUGCAUAACUUCAUGAAAGAUCUUGACAGCUGGGAAACUGACAUAAAGAGGAAGGAUGAGCAACUAAGAACUGGGAGCGUUGGCGUGUCUCAAAAAAGCCUCCCACCAGUGCGAAACAAGGACUACAAAAAGAAGAGAGAGAAAAAGAAGGCAUCAGACAACAAUGCAAAGACUGAACCAAAACAAGCACGCAGGAUAAAGUCUCAUGACGAUCAGUCAUGGGACAAAUUUGAUGUGGACAAGGUAUUGGAGUCCAUGGAUAAAGAGGACAGUGCUGAGUCCAAUGACUCUGAGUCUGAGGAUUCUGGGGUUCCUGCUACUGACCAAGACAAGGCGCUUGCUGAGAAGGAGAAAGGUAGUCAGCUGUUCAAAGAAGGGAAGUAUGAUGAUGCCAUUGAGUGUUACACCAGAGGCAUGGGCGCAGACCCUUAUAACCCCGUUCUGCCAACAAACCGAGCUGCCUGCUUCUUCAGACUCAAGAAGUUUGCUGUUGCCGAGUCUGACUGCAACUUGUCCAUUGCUCUGGACAGUAACUACUUCAAAGCAUUUGCACAAAGAGGAGCGUCUCGAUUCGCCCUGCAAAAUUAUGAAUCUGCCCUAGAAGAUUAUGUAAUGGUUCUCAAGCUGGAUCCUGGGAACCUGGAGGCACAGAAUGAAGUGAUGAAAUGCAAAGAGGUCAUUGCUAAACUGGGUGGAAAGGCAGAAAGCCCAGAGGCUGCAGUGGUGACACCACCUGUGGUGGACGUCAUGCAACAGCAACUCAUGGAGGAACAGCAGAGGAGACAGGAGGCGGUGGUGCAGAAAGACAGGGGGAAUGCAUAUUUCAAAGAGGGGAAGUAUGAGGCAGCAGUAGAGUACUACACCAAGGGCAUGGAAGCGGACAGCACCAACAUCCUCCUGCCUGCCAACCGGGCCAUGGCUUACUUAAAGCUGCAGAGAUAUAAAGAGGCUGAGGAGGACUGCAGUAAAGCAAUAGCCCUGGAUGGCACCUAUUCAAAGGCCUUUGCCCGCAGAGGGACAGCCAGGGCUGCUCUGGGACUGCUCAAACAAGCUAAAGAAGAUUUUGAGGAGGUCCUGAAGCUGGAACCAGGAAACAAGCAGGCAUUUCAUGAAAUUAAGAAGAUUGCAAUUGACAUGGGCACCAGUGGGCUGCUGGCAACAGAAGAGCAUGCACAGCGGAGAACAGUACAGCCAGUUAACAAACCACCUCACCUGCAGUCAACCAAGCCAUUGAGGAGCGUUGACAUUGAAGAGGUUUGUGGAAAGAUCCUGGUCCAGGAGGAGUCCUCGGCUGUGUUGACUUCAACCACAGCCCCCCGUGUUAGGCCCCAGAAGACCACCUCCAUCGCAGACACUGUGAGAGAGGGUCAGGCCUCGCCUCCCUCUACCUCCCCCAGAACUAAGAUCCUGAAGAUUGAAGAAAUAUCAAACGUCCCCUCGCAUUCCCCUGUCAAAGGGCAUGAGGGGUAUGCUGUGAGAGCACAGACACAGAAGCACAGGGAGGCAACUGUCAGUGAACCAACAGAACCGCCUGCUACACCCUCAACUGAGGUCAUACCUCCUGCCCCCACCAACAGCUUCCAGCUAGAGGCAGACCUAAGGAAGAUUGGAAAUGGCCCUGAAGUCAUCUACAAGUAUUUGAAGCAAAUCCAGCCUCAGGCUUACGCAAAGAUCUUCCAGAGCUCUCUUGAACCAGACAUGCUCAAUCAGAUUCUAAGGACGUUACAAGGCUUCUACAUCAAGAAGGAAGAGCCACCUGUCAUACUGGAGAUCCUCAGGAAUCUGGCCGGUGUGAGGCGGUUCGACAUGGCUGUCAUGUUCAUGUCCAACCCUGAGAAGAAAGUUCUACAAGAAUUGUUUGACUUUCUUCAUCAAGCUGGACUUGAGGACACAUCAGUAGGAGCCCUGCAAAAGAAGUAUGGAGUGUGAUGCAGGUGAGCAGCAGAGGCAGACUAAAUGUGCAGAGGAGAACCAUGGUUCUGCUGCCGAGAUCCGGGCGACUAAGUGGCUGAAAUGCAGAGCUGUGAAAUGCAAGAACAACAAGAGCUGUUCUCCCCUUAUACCUCCGGAAAAAAACAGUCUGACAAUCUUAUCAGGAACCAAUUCAAAAACAGGACAUUAUCCAACAGUGCCAGCAAAGCGCCGCUAGUGUUUGGACCUUUAUGUGGGUAAUCAGCUUCACGGCAUUCUGUUCUGGUUAGGACGUGCGUGCUAGUUUCUUGUGUUCAUAGGCAUUUAUCUACUGCGGUUGAGCCUUUUGAUACUGCCAAGUGUCAUGUCUCUGAGCUAGGGAGCAUUCACUUUGUUUGAUUCUCGUCCAUUCAGACAGGUGAAGGUUACAGACAAAAGAAAGUGUGCAAACAUGUUUUAAUCUGUUUAUCCUAUUAUGUAGAAUAGCUCUUAUGCAGAUACAGAGGUUGUUGGUGUAAUAAUUAUAUUAGUAAAGGAUACUUAUUAUUUUCCCAUUUAAAAUGCAUUAAUUCACUUUGAUCAUAACCAAUGUAACUAUAAUUCAAGAUGAUAAAAGGGUUAUGCAUGGAAAAACUUGAAAAGAUAGAGAGGGUGUGUGUUUAGGUGAUACCAUUGCCUCUCUGGAACAUUGAUUGUUCUUAUGUACAAUAAAAUAAACUCCUGAUAUAUAAUCAGUGA